GUGCAAUUCGGGUCUUAGAUUAGCUAUUUUCUUUGAUUUACAGGACUGGGUCCCGGCCUUCUAGCUGGGAAGCUGUGUCGGCGCAGAGAAGUUCCUUCAUACCUUUGACGUAGGCUCUGAAAACGCCGAACAUGUCGAUGUUGAAACAGAGGCUUGAAAGCGCGCGGGGCUCUUCCCUUCGUUGCCCCUUCGUGCGGAGUGCUCCAAAUGGUCGCGUACGUCUUCAAUGGAAGACGGGAUCGCAGGCCGUUCAGCGCUCGCGGGCUGACGUGCGGGUACGAGUUGCCGAGGCCACCACACCUAACCUGAGGACGGGUGACGUGUACGUGGUUGAGCCCAAGCCCCUGGAGGAGGGCGUGGAGAAGCACAUCAUCUCCAUCUUUGUCGCGGAUGAGCCAGGUCUUAUCAACCGUGUCGCGGGCGUCUUUGCUCGGCGAGGUGCCAAUAUCGAGUCCCUGGCUGUGGGCCUUACCGUCGAUAAGGCCCUCUUCACCGUCGUCGUCGCCGGCAAGGCUGCCACCGUGGCCAACCUCAUCAAGCAGCUCUCCAAGCUGGUCAAGGUGCGCUACGUGGAGGACAUCACCGCGACCAACAGGAUAGAGCGCGAGCUGCUGCUUCUGAAGCUGGGUGUUCAGCCUGGUCCCGCGCGCGCGGAGGUGCUGCAGCUGGCCCAGAUCUUCCGGGCGCGAGUGGUGGAUGUGAGCGACAACACCCUCAGUCUGAGCGUGACGGGAGACCCGGGCAAGCUCACUGCUCUGCUCAAGGUGAUGUCCAAGUUCGGGGUUGUGGAGCUGGCCCGCACCGGCCGCAUCUGUCUGCGGCGAGGAGAGGACCUCCUGGAGCGGGGGACCAACCUGCCGGAGGAGGCGGAGGCAGCGGCACCGGCGGGACCCACGGGUCGGCGGCAUCCAGUGGGUUCGGGGACCGACUCGGAGUCCGAGCGCACCGCGGAUGUGUACGCCGUGGAGGAGGACGUCAGCGGUGUUUGGGAUGCGGACAACGUGCUCGCUGCCACCUACGCGGCUAAGGGCGAGGUGCCCUCGGACUUUAAGUCCUACACCCUCAACAUCGAGGUGCAGGACGUGCCGGGCGUGCUGAACCAGGUGACCCAGGUAUUCGCCCGCCGCGGUUACAACGUCCAGUCCCUGGUGGUCGGGCCUUCGGAGCGCGAGGGCAUGUCCCGCAUCGUGAUGGUGGUGCCGGGUCGCGCCACCUCACCGGACGGCUCCUCCGGCAUCUCCCCGCUGCUCAAGCAGCUCUCCAAGCUCGUGUUCGUGGAGACCAUCACCGACCUCACGGAUGUGCCGUACGUCAACCGGGAGCUGCUGCUGGUCAAGGUCCGCUGCUCCGCCGCUCAGCGCGGUGAGCUCCGCGACCUGGCCGCCAUCUUCCGCGGCUCCAUCGUGGACGUGUCCGCCAACUGCCUCACCAUUGAGGUGCUAGGCAAGGAGGAUAAGAUGAAGGCGUUCACGGAGCUGCUGCAGCCGUACGGGAUUUUGGAGAUUGCGCGCACGGGCCGUGUGGCCAUGGCCCGCGACUCCGGAGUGAACUCCGAGUACCUGGAGCGCAUGUCCAUGGGCCGAGUCAUGUGAAGUGUUUUGGAGGGGUGGGGUGGGGAAUGAGUUGGGAUUGUCUGAACGAUGAUGAGGAUGGUGAGGAUGGUGAGGAGGAGGAAGGGGAGGAGGAGGAUAAUCAUUUUUGGGGGGGAAAGGAGGAGGAGAACAACGUAGUUUGUGAAAAUGAUUUGGAUUAAGGACGGACCCUAGGCUCUUCGCACACUCCUUACACUCCUCGGCUUUCCAAAGGGGAACCCCUUCUUCUUCCCCUUUGGGGAACCAAAGGGGAACCGCGAUGAUGUGCGAGUCCGUUCUUGGUGUCUUCAGUCAUCUGGCGACGAGAACGUCUGCGACCCACAUGGGGAGACAAAACAAAUCUUGUGUUUGUGUGCGCGCGCGUAUAUUUGCUUGCUUGUUUUCCUGAUUAUGUGUUUGUGUGACGAUAUAAGUUCCGCCUCAUCAAGAGACACGGACCGCGUCUGUGUGUGUUUUGCACAUGUGUGUAUUGUGUGUUUUUCGUAAGUUGUCAGGCAGUGGUAGGUGGGCAGUGUAGGCAGUCGUACAGGAACAACGCUGAGGUAAAGCUCGCUUCAAGAGGGACUUGAAGAACCUUUCCAAGCAAGACCGUAUUGAGGUUUGUCGGUUUGGAUUCCUUUCGGCGCGGAAAGAGCUUUUCUGAGACCCUUAGAUGCAGUCCAGGGCGCGGUAUGCAACGGCUGACGGCCGGUCCCGCAUGCCUGGAUGCCUAAAGGAGUAUGUUGUAGUAUUUGGGGCAAAGAGGUGUUCACAGUCGAAAUACAAACACGUCAAAGCGGUGCUUACGUCAAAGCGUUGAUUGGUGUUUCACAAAGUAACUAGGCCCAGAUAACAUGUAAUGUAAUGUUACAGAGUGGG